AUGAAGUUGUUCGCCGCUCCUCUAGCGGGCUUUGUGCUUAUCGCACAUUGCGUCGUCCCAGCCAUGGCACGCAUCAAUGUAACGCACUCGUCAACCAUGGCUCCAUCGUUCUUGGCCAGAGAAAGUGACAUCGAGCGUGUUGACAAAAUGGCAGGAGUAGUAUUGGCCGAAAUGAGCAAUCUCCACGAUGAUGUCAUCGACGCUGUGGCACAGAAAAUGCUGAGCUUUUUGGAGACGCAGGGAUUAGAUUACGAAAAUCCUGAACACAUAAACACCAUCAUAUCUCUGCUUGAAAAUGUGGACAACACGCAGCCUGAACAGAAUAAGGGAUCGAAGUUCCUAGACCAACUGAAGCAGAUGGCAAUCAAGGCGUGGCACACGACCAAAAAUGUAGCGAAGAGCACCAUGAAAGAGUUACUGCUGAGGUGCAUCAAGGAAUUCUUGAAGGUCGGUGUCAGACAUGCGCUGCCUCCAUUGGCUAAGAUUAACGAAAAGGCCAUGCUAGCACUGCCACUCAACAUCAGGGUAGCACUCUCACCCAUCGCUUACAACAUGUGGCUAAACCUCUUCCGAAGGGCCAAGCUGGCUUUACCCGAAGACUUCAAAAUCGAGAGUUUUGUAUGCAAAAACAUUGGCAAGGACAAGUGCGAUGAAGUGAUUAAACAAGUCAAGGACUCCUUGGCACAGAUGAAUCAAAAACCUGUGAAGGAAAUGGAGGACAUAGAAGUCGAAGACGAUAGUGACAUGUUUGACUUCGAUGAUGAGGAGAAGCGCUCGAAACCCGCAAAAAGGAAAUCCACUGCUGAGACGGAAUUUCAAGAAUAA